UCACUUCCUCGUGGUUUGGCUCAUUGAAUAUCCGAUAGGUGGAGCGGUCCAGCGCUACGGGAGUAGUGGAUUGAAUCCCGGGUGGAAGAAUUUUGAUUUAACCUGUUAUAAACGUGAUUUUAAAGUCAAAGGAAUAUCACAGGCUAUACAUACGUCUUCUAUUUCUUCCACUGGGACAUUACAGUCAUGGCGGCAAAUAAGAGUAAAAAUCAGAGUUCCCUGGUGCUGCACAAGGUCAUAAUGGUCGGCAGUGGCGGCGUGGGAAAAUCAGCCCUCACACUGCAGUUCAUGUAUGACGAGUUUGUGGAGGAUUAUGAACCCACCAAGGCUGAUAGUUACAGGAAGAAGGUGGUCCUGGAUGGAGAAGAGGUGCAGAUCGAUAUUCUGGAUACGGCAGGACAGGAGGAUUACGCUGCCAUUAGAGAUAACUACUUCCGCAGCGGAGAAGGUUUUCUCCUGGUUUUCUCCAUCACAGAGUCAGAGUCCUUCAGCGCCGCUUCAGAGUUCAGAGAGCAGAUCCUGAGAGUGAAGGCAGAGGAGGAUAAAAUUCCUCUCUUGUUUGUCGGAAAUAAGUCUGAUUUGGAGGACAGACGACAGGUGACUGCGGACGAGGCUCGAGCCAAAGCGGACGAGUGGUCUGUUCAGUAUGUGGAAACGUCGGCUAAAACUCGAGCAAACGUCGAUAAGGUGUUCUUUGAUUUGAUGAGAGAUGUGCGGACGAAAAAGAUGUCUGAGAGCAAGGAGAAAAACGCAAAGAAAAGUGGCAAGAAGAAGAAGAGUUUGAAAGAAAGAUGUACGCUGCUUUGAGCUCCACAAACGCUUGAUUCCUAUCAAGCUUUCUUGGCCUGGACUGAGCCGUUGUAAUGGACGAUGAAGGGACCAAUUCUCUGUCAUCCACGUCAUUUUUGUUGCCAAAUACAAUCAAAGCAGAACUCUGAGUCACUGUGUGUUCUCCAGUGAAGCGUCCUCACUUAACAUCUACGCAACUCUUCAACACCUUCAAAGGAUUGUUUGUGCUUCCUUCAGGGUUUCCAAUCUGUCACAACACCGAAUUAGUAAAAAUCAUGCAACUGGCAGUUUUGUUUCGUUGUCUGUAUUUUAAGAACGUCUGGCAUAAGGUUGCAAUUUCAUGCAUCACCAAAAGAGAUCAGUGUGAGACAUACUGUAAUAAUAUGUUGAUUUCUGGUGAUUUUAUACAAAUCGGACAACAGACAACUAAAUCAUUAUGGUGUUACAAUCCAUCCAUGUAAACCCUUCUGCUUUUAUUAUAUGAUUUUUCAUGAUUGUGAUUGUGUAUUUGUGUGCUAGAGAGUGACUGUAAACUUGUUACAGGGUUUACAAGGUGCCACAACAAAGAAUCAUUAGUAUAACUCUAAACUACAUGGAAUUUUUGGUAUGUUUAUUGUGGCUUUAGUCUAUGGCAAGCUGAAUUGACCUUUAAUCAUGUGCAGGAUUUAUCAGUAAUUACAUUUGCACUUAAGUUAAUUUUUGAUAUCUGUAACUGCAUUUUCACUCGUAGAAUUGCACAAUGAUCUGUUAUUCUCUCCUGUUCAAAAUGCUAUUAAAGAUAUCUGUAAUCAAUCUCUCACUAGUUGAAGUUCCAAAUAAAAAUUGCAACAAUAGUCUGUGUAACAUUCCUAUAUAUGGUUUCCACGCUUAUCAGUUGUUGAUAUUGAACAUGAUAGCUUCCUAGUAAUUGCAUAUAAACAUAAACGCAGACAUUUGCUAUACUCAUGUUUGACGAAUAAGAACCAUUUUUACUUUUCACUUUAUUACUAGUAGAAUGAAUCCUCUGCACAUUUGCUUUGUAUUAAACACUCUAUCAACAGAUAACAUAUGCAAUAUUGAGAUUUCUGAAUGUAGAAAAGCAUUAUUAUAUUCUUUAUUAAACAGUUAAUGGCUAUGAAUUCAAUGAAAGUUUAAGACUGCCUUCAACCUAACAGCCUGUUGUUGAGGAUUGUUCACAGACUUCAUGCAAACUUGCCAAAUGUGCCACUUUUAGUGCAAAACACAGACACACAAUUGAAAUGAUCAUAUUUUUGUAAUCAAACUACUUUUUGUGUGUGUCCUUUUUUACUGUUUUUUCUGUCUAGUUUAUUGUAGACCAAAUAAACCUCUG